CCCACCAUUUUUUGUUCUAAUCCUUUCCAUUGACAUUCUUUUUAUUGUUAUUAUUAUAUUUUUAUUUUUAUUUUUAUUUUUUUAUUAUUAUAAUACUCGCCUCUUACCUCAUUCACCACCUCAACACUCACAUUACAACCAUAGCAAUGUCCUUCACUGGUAUCACAGAUGAGCCUUUGUCCAAUACAUUGGCUCCUAGCACAGCAGCCACUUUAACAAUCCGCGUGAUCAAAUCAUUCGAAUACCGUACUUCAAAGAAUCUCAUUCUGCACAACAUCGAUCUCACAGCCACCACAGUUGGACAGCUUCGUGAACUGGUCAUUGAGAAAAUCAAAACAACUCCUGGCUGGAAACCCUAUCAAAAUGUUGUCUUUGAUACUCUCAAAUUGUAUACAAAGGCCCAUGGUUCAAAGACAAUGAAUUUGAUCAUCAACCUCGAUCAUGACGAGGAUUGGAUGUUGACUAAUGACGACGAGCUUCUUAUUAAUCAUGGCAUUGAAAACGAAACUGAAAUAUCCAUCUUUAACCGGGAGCUCUAUGAGGCAUACAAGCAGCACCCUGACAUUAAAUGGUAGUGAUGAGAUGAAUGCAAUUUUGAACAAAGCCU